AUGAGUCGACUAUUUGGUAAAGAAAUCGGUCUAAGAUGGGACAAUGCCAAAAGUAGUGCUGAUGCAAGUGAUGAGUGGUGGGAGAAAAAACAAUUGAACAAAGGACUUUCAUUUACUCACAAGUUGACUGAACUUUUUGAGAAUGUAGUUGCUAAUAGAGAGUUCCAAUGGGCACCCUUAUCUAGGAUUUUUCCAGCUGGUGUUGAGGUUGACAUGAAUGAUGUGUAUCGCUCAAGUCUUGAUGGCAUUGGUGUAGAUGUAGAGGAAAGUUCAAGGGAGAGUGAAGAUACAAGUGUCAAUGCAACAAAUACAAGUGUUAGUGCAACUGAUGCUUUUGGGAAAAUUAAUUUGAAUGAUUCACAAGGAAUUGUCAACCAAGAAAUUGGUUGCCAAAAGAGUACAGAAAAGAGAAAGAGAAUCAAUCACCCUGAAAAGUUAAACAAGAAGAAGGCAACUACCUCUUAA